AUGAUUCGUGCACGUUUAUUAGCAGCUUCGAGUCGACAGCAGAAUUAUGCCGAUCCUCACAGACGUGAGGUGACAUUCGACGUUGGAGAAUAUGCUUUUCUAAGAGUUUCCCCUAUGAAAGGCUUUUUUAGAUUUAGACGUAAAGGAAAGCUUAGUCCGAGGUACAUUGAGCCGAUUAAGGUCUUGGAAAGAGUGGGCAAGGUUUCUUAUCGCCUUGCGCUACCACCAGAGUUGUCACACAUUCACCCAGUGUUCCAUGUAUCUUCACUCCAGUGGCAUCGUAGUGACCCGUCUCACGUCAUUUCUUAUGAGCCUAUUCCGGUCAAGGAGAAUCUCACUUAUGAAGAGUACCCCAUUGAAAUUAUCGAUCAGAGAGAGAAAGCUCUCCGCACCAAGACUAUUUCAUUAGUGCACAUGUUAUGGAACAAUCAUGGUGUGGAGGAGUCGACUUGGGAACUAGAGGAUGAGAUGUGCCAACACUAUCCACAUUUGUUUAACUCAGGUGCAUUGAGUUUAGGGGACUAA